AUGUCAGUCACGCUACACACGUCGCACGGCGAUAUAAAGGUUGAAAUAUACUGCGAAAGUGUUCCCAAAACUGCAGAGAAUUUCCUUGCCCUUUGUGGCUCAGGCUACUACGAUAAAUCUCCAUUCCACCGCCUCAUCCCCAAGUUCAUGGCACAGACUGGGGCACCCGCAACACCAAACCCCCCCGAGAACCCCAAAGGCGGACGCAGCAUAUGGGGAGGCGCGUUUGAAGACGAGAUUCGGCCAGCGCUACGACACGGCGCUCGAGGCAUGCUGUCGAUGGCCAAUAAGGGACCUGGGACGAACGGAUCGCAAUUCUUUAUCACGUUCGACAAGACGCCGCAUCUGGACGGACUCAACACUGUGUUUGGGCGCGUCAUCGGAGACGAGGGUAUGGCGACAUUGGCCAAGCUGGAAGCUAUCGAAGUGGACCGAAAGAACAGACCCAAGGAGCCAGUUCGUAUCGAAAAAGUAACGAUCCACGCCAACCCGAUCGCUGGCUGA